CAUCAUAUUUACAUCUGCGGUAGCCUGCAGUCAGAAGACGUCAUCACGCACUCGGAUGAGCAGAACCAGAACAGAAAAGUGAGACACUGCAAGUCCGCCGCGCUUUUGGGUUGACGGACCCGAAGUAGAGGGACAGUUCAAAAAUUUCCUCUGGAGACAAACACGCUGCUUUUACAGACGACCAAGUGAGGUUAACUCAGCAGAGAACAUGAAGAAGACCGCCAAUUCAGCCCUUAAAAGGUCCUUUGAGGUGGAGGAUGUUGACACUUCGUCCCAUUCUUCACCCGGCUCUCGUCGAGCCACCAACUCCCCUCACCGUAAUGCCAUGUCUCCCACCAGCAUCUACUACCGUGAUCUUGGUAGUGCCACCCCUGCUACCAACAACAACAACUUCAACUACUCUCAACCACGCUCCAUCAUGGGUGGUGGUGGCUCCAGGACCCCUGAACCGGUGUCACGUCGUUCUGAACUUUCCAUUGACAUCUCCUCCUCUAGCAAGCAGGUAGAUAACAUCACCAGCCCUGCCUCUACACGCUUUGUGAGCAACAGUGCACUGAAGCGCCCUGAAGUCUUGGGACACUCCAGGACCCCUGAGAUGAGCCACAAGAGGGAGGUCACAUUUGCCAAGACCCUCACUGAUUCCCCAGUGAUCCGCCGUAAUGAGGGCAACAAUAACAACAAUGGGAUCAUCCGAGCACCUGAGCAGAAUCACACUCGCAAGUUUGAGUCGCCGAGUCCAGGUGAUGUCCGUAAACCCGACAUCAGCAUCACCAAAGCUCCCCCAGAGAACAAUGGCCACCACCCAGCUGUGCACCACCCUCAUCACCCUAAUCCUCACCACAACAGCAUUGUCACCACCUUCCGCUGCUCCUCCCCCAACCAUGCUGGACGCAAGUCUCCUAAUCCUGACAGGUCAGAGGUCAGUCUGAGCCACAGCAACAUGUCAGAGUCCGCCAAGCCCCACCAUCCCAACCCCCAAGGAAAGGGGGAGAAGAGCCAUGGAGGAGACUUCAGCUACGUGGGCAUUGAUGCCAUCCUGGAGCAGAUGAGGAGGAAGGCCAUGAAGAAAGGCUUUGAGCUCAACCUCAUGGUUGUAGGGCAAAGUGGCCUGGGGAAGUCCACCUUGAUGAACACACUGUUCAAAUCCAAGGUGAGCCGUAAUAAAUCAGUGCAGUCCAAUCCGGAGGAGAGGAUCCCCAAGACGAUCGAGAUUAAAUCCAUCAGUCACGAUAUUGAGGAGAAAGGAGUAAGGAUGAAGCUGACAGUCAUUGACACUCCUGGUUUUGGAGAUCAAAUCAACAAUGAAAACUGCUGGCAGCCUAUUAUGAAGUUCAUCAAUGACCAGUAUGAAGCCUACUUGCAGGAGGAAAUCAACAUCAACAGAAAGAAAAGGAUCCCAGACUCCAGGGUGCACUGUUGCAUAUACUUCAUACCUCCCACAGGCCACUGUCUUAGACCUCUGGAUGUGGAGUUCAUGAGGCGUCUCAGCAAAGUGGUCAACAUUGUCCCUGUCAUUGCCAAGGCCGACACACUCACCCUGGAGGAGAGGGACAGCUUUAAACAGACGAUCAGGGAAGAACUGCGAGCCAAUGGGAUCGACGUCUACCCGCAGAAAGAGUUUGAUGAAGAUGCAGAGGAUAGAAUGAUCAAUGAUAAAAUCAGGGAGAUGAUCCCUUUUGCUGUGGUGGGCAGUGACCAGGAGUACCAGGUGAAUGGGAAGAGGCUUCUGGGAAGGAAAACAAAGUGGGGAACCAUAGAAGUUGAGAACAUUGCACAUUGUGAGUUUGCUUACCUGCGGGAUCUCCUCAUCAGGACUCACAUGCAGAACAUCAAGGACAUCACAGGGAGCAUCCACUACGAGACGUAUCGCGUCCGUCGGCUCAACGAAUCCAACGGCCAUGUCAUCUCUCAGCUGUCUGACCAUAUGGCCGUUCAACCAAAGGCCAACGGUCAGAUGGAGGAGCAGCCCGGCGACCUGCAGACCAACGGCGUGGCUGCUCAACAUGAAGCCUUGUCCAAUGAGAUGUAGAGGUCAACUGUGGUUUCAAUCAGGCACAAAACAUACAAUCAGACAUGUUCUGUUUACAUGAACAAGCCCAACUCUAUACAGAACACACAUACACACUGAUGCUGUGAAGAGCAUUAUUAUCACACAGAUGGACAAGAUACAUAAUGUAAUGCCUACGUUUUCUUUCGUUUCCUCUGUUUUCAGUUUCUUUCCACUAUUAUCACUGUUCUGAGGAAAAAUCCUUGCUGCGACACAUGGUGACAUUAAAGUUGCUCGAUCACAAACAGUUAAAAUGAAAUAUUUCUGUGUUUCAGUCUUGAGCAUUAGAUCCAUGGAGCAACAGAAGGAAAAAGAUCCGUCUAGGGUGCAGAUAACCUCAGCAACGUCUUGACAGAAAGCCAUCUGAUCAGUUGACACAGCAUCACUCUAAAAUGAAGCACAACAUGAGACAAUUCUGUCUGCCCUCUGACCUAGAAAUACUUCUGUGCUACUUGCCUGGUCUGUUUUGUGCAGUGGUGUAUAGUAUUGUAUAGUUACUGAGGUUGAUUAUUAGGACUAGGUUAGGCUAGGUUUACAUUGACAUGGAUAAAGAUAUAGUUAACAUUUCUGCGCUGGGAAACAAAUUUGAAAUGCAGCAGUAGUGCAGAGCAGCUCCCUCUGUUGUUUUAAGAUAUUCCAAAUAACCCUUUCUUGCCAAACCAGGACUUUUGUCUAAAGGAUUCCAAUAGUGUUGUGUAAUUCUGCCGUGCUACAUUUUCCAUUGCUAGUUUACUGUUGUAUUUUUAUGGCUUAUGUUUAUGUUCUAAUAUUAAUUGUAUAAGAUGAGGUGCAAACAUUUGUCCAAUUCAGUCAUUUUGUCCAAUCUUCUGACUGUAAACAAAACAAGUCUUUUGUUUUUGCUCUAAAGAGAAGCACAUACAGCAUAUAGAGCUGAUUUAUGUGUUGUUUAAUGUAAUGCAUAUAAUUCAACUUUAACUCCACCUGUUGUUUUUCCAAAGUUCGUAGCAGGCCAUGAAUAGUAGUUGCUAACUCUAGGUUGGAACUGUUGUUGUUGUUUUUCCUAUUGCAUGUUUAACAUAUUUGUAAGACUGCACUGUGUCAAUUAUGAAAUGAGUUUAGCAAGUGGAAGCAAUCCUGCCAAUUCAUGAUCAUUUUAUUCAGAUUUUGCAUUUCAUCUGUGAGUGAAAAAAUGUACCUAUAAAAUUUUAAAGGAACACAUACAAAUAAUUUGAUGCAAACGUUUUUCAACAGCAGCUAAAUUGUAAUAUUUUUUGAAGACUUUUACUCUAAAAGGAUGUUUUCUAGGCCAAAUGUAUCUGCCAUUCUCAGUCAGCUUUGUAAGCCUGAGCAGAACUAUUUCCAUAGUAAAUGCAAAAUAUUGUAUCCCAAUGAAAAGAUACUGAAUUAUUCUUUGUUUACUGUUGUAUAGUUUCUGUGUAAUUUGUCAUGCUAUUUCAGAUUAAGGUUUUAUCUUUGACAUGCUAUCUCUAAGAAUAAAGAUUGAUAUUUUUACUGUUAA